AGGUAAUAUCAAUAUCGUAUACCCAUGACUUGGCCAGAAAAAGCUGUUCAACUCUGACAUUUUGCGUCAUCAUUAUAACCUCGCCUUCGAGUGCCUCAGAUGGCCCUUGGUCUGCGAUACAUCGACGGGCGUCACGCCCUCGCCCUAGCAGCAGCGAUCCCAUGCGCCUUACUUGUAAAACACGGUUGGGAGGUCUACACAAGUAUUAGGGCAGUCGACAUACGACGAGUUGUCUCUGUUAGUGGCCUUUCAGAGAAUUUCAAACAAUCGCACACUCUCAAGACUCUAGUAAAUCCUAGAGACCAUGUCUCAUCAGCAGACAGGCUGGCUAUGGAUGUGGAGUUGCCUGAGAACGCAAGAGGCCUAAGCGACGAGGUGCUAUUGGCGACUUUCGUGCGUGGGUUCUUUGCGGGAAAGGUUUUAACAAUUGAGAGGCGUCUGCUACAGACGGCACGGCCGACUUUGGUGUCCUACGCUGGACUCAAUUCGAUUUCAGCGUCAAACCAGAUAUGGAAAUCUCAAGACUUUUCAUGCGAGACACUCCCACCAGUGCAUUCUGUCGUCUUUGGCACGUUUCAAGUCGGUCACGUUGAGCUCAUAGAUUCCAAAAGGUCACAAGCGGAGCCGGAAACAGAAAGUAGCGUUGACUUUGUCUUUGGCAAAGACAUCAGUCAAUUUGCAGGCGCUCAUCGGUUCAGCAUUGUCCGAAGUUCUGAAAACCCAGCAAGAGUCAGAGUCGUCUAUGAAUCAACGGCUUGCAAUCCGACUCGAAAUCACCAUCUGUCCGGCAUCCUAUUGCAGUUCCACAGCUUUUACGCAAUGCUGCUGUUCCGUGAGGGGGUGUCCGAAAUCUUGCGAAGACCUGAACUGAGUGCGUAAUCACUGCCAGGACGUGGACUUGAGGAUGGCAUUCUGAGUUUCAACCACCUAAGUCUGGGUAUUUAGUAGCUGGCUGGAACGAUUUGUAACAACAUGGCUUCUUCACGUAAGAGCCCGGCGGACUGUAAAAGAUACCGAUGACCAUCUCACCACUGCAAUUGACCAUUAGAACGAAUCUGCAAAGUCAGCGCAACUUCAUGUAUAAAUACACAGUAUCCUUUUGGACGAAAGGUCCAUGAAUAAUAGGGCAAUGAGUUGGAGUUUGUUCAAGUUAAAAAAACAAUGCUGUUUACAUCCGGCUUGCCCGAUGAUUUAUGAUCGGCCUUGGGCCCGGAUGCUACUUCGGGAGCGGGGAACGGAACGCCCUCCGUGGCGGUGGAUCGACCGGAUACUA